AUGGCUCUCCAAGGCACUAACACACAAGUUCUUUUUGUAAAGCGUCCAGUUGAUUUAUUCAAUCCAGCAGAAACUUUUAAAAUAGUGAAAACACCUGUACCAACUGUUGAAAGCUUGAAAGAUGGCGAGUUUAUAGUCAGGAAUUAUUGGUUAUCUUUAGAUCCCGCCAUGCGCGGAUGGAUGAAUAAUGCGAGAAGUUAUAUACGUCCAUUAGGAAUAAAUGAAGUAAUGCGUGGUCAAACUGUUGGUGUGGUUGUCGCGUCAAAGAAUUCGAAUUUUAGAGUUGGUGAUAAGGUUCAAAUUUUAGGAGGUUGGCAAGAAUUUUCUGUUUCUAAUGGAGCAAACGCGUGGAAACUCAAUAUUCCGCCAGGUGCAUAUCUUCACGAUUUCUUAGGUAUUUUUGGUGGUACUGGCAUGACCGCGUACUUUGGAUUACUUGACAUUGGUAAACCCAAGGCCGGAGAAACAGUUGUUGUGUCAGGAGCAGCCGGCGCUACUGGAAGUCUUGUUGGUCAAAUAGCAAAGCUCAAAGGAGCACGUGUUAUCGGGAUCGCAGGCUCGAAAGAAAAAUGCGAUUGGCUUGAAAAAGAACUCGGAUUCGAUGUAGCCUUAAACUAUCGCGACGCAGAUUUUCCAAAGAAACUCGCAGACGCUACACCGAAAUAUAUCGACGUGUAUUUUGAUAAUGUCGGUGGCGAGAUUCUGGAUUUGUGUCUUAGACGUAUUGCGCAAAAGGGAAGAAUUGUGGUCUGUGGUGCGAUUAGUCAGUAUAACGAAAAAACGCCAAGUGGACCGAAGUAUUACACUACAUUGAUCACACAACGUGCACGAAUGGAAGGCUUUAUUGUUCCUCGAUACCCUGAAGCUGUGCUUGAUCUUGCCAAAUGGUUACAAGAAGGGAAGAUUAAGCGAAGAGAGUUUGUGAUUGAGGGAUUGGAAAAUGCACCAGAAGGAUUAAUGAAAUUAUUUAAAGGCGAAAAUACCGGAAAGACACUGGUUAAAUUGGUGAAUGAGAAUAAGAGUAAACUUUAA